UCGGCCGCCCUUGAGGUGAUCCGGCGCGAGGCCCGAAGGGACCGGCUCAGGAGAACCACCAGGCCGAAGUCUCUUCCGGCUGUCCAGGGCUGGUUCAGAUGCCACGACCCCUGAACACCGUGGGCGCGGCCCCGCCUCCCUUUCCUUGCUGCCGUCACGACCUUACGACCCCACCGUCGACUGUGUGGGUUGUCCCCUGGUGGGGCGUUGACUAACCAGGCCGACCUCUGAACCCAGAUACCUGGGUUUCAGAACGUGGUUUUCUUUCCGCCCAGCCUUGGGGCCUCAUGUUCCGGUGUAGCGCCAACUGCUGUGAGGACAACCAGGCAUCUAUGCAGCAGGUGCACCAAUGCAUCGAGCGCUGCCAUGCGCCUUUGGCUCAAGCUCAGGCCUUGGUGACCAGUGAGCUGGAAAGGUUCCAGGACCGCCUGGCCCGGUGCACCAUGCACUGCAAUGACAAAGCCAAAGACUCGAUGGACGCAGGAAACAAGGAGCUGCAGGUGAAGCGGCAGCUGGACAGCUGUGUGGCCAAGUGUGUGGAUGACCACAUGCACCUCAUCCCAACAAUGACCAAAAAGAUGAAGGAGUCUCUGUCAUCCAUCGGGAAAUAAAAUGGUUUGCCAGUGACCGUGGGGCUGAGGGCACGCUAUUUAAAAGGAAGAAUGGAAGUUUAGAAUGUUUAUAAGCAGUGUUUAUGAAUGAGGAAAACUCAGGACACAGCAAGUUCCAGGCAAAUGCCACUCACCCCUGGACACCAGUUCCUUUGCAUCUGGACCUUAGAAGGUGAAGUGGAAAGAAGCUGGUGCUAAAAUUUGGAUCACAGAUAGCACAGGGGAGAAUUCUAGACCUAAAUUGUCACGGGCCAGUGCUUGUUCUGUCAGGAGAGAUUGCCCUUAUACCGAGGACUCAGAUUCUCACUGCAGAGACAUCGAGCUGGCAGCUUUCUUCAGCCUGCUGGUAAAGUUUGAGAAGUGUGUCUCUUUGCCAAGCUCCUGUUUACCACACAUACCUUGCAUGUGCUCUGAAACAACACUCAGUCGGCUAGUCAUUUAGAGGGAGGAAAAGGUUUCCUUCUAGAUCUUUUCGGUUUGUCUUACAUGCAAGGGCGCAAAGUGGAUUUAAGAUGCAGGAGGGAGAGAAGUUUGAAUAGCUUCUAAAGGUUCCUUUAAGUUUUGGCCAUCAAGAUGGGAAAGUCUGUUUCUUCAAAUCCUGUCAUUCUGGAAGCCCCUGAAGAAACAGGGCAGUAUCAUACUGUGCAUGGGAAACAGCUUCCUUCUCUGACUUCUGUGGCAAGGUGACACAUCCCCAUGAAGAGCAAGGGAGUGUGAUUGUCAGUCACAUACCAGUAGCUGAGAAUAAACAGUCAAAUAGGAACUGUUGAGAAGUACUAGGUUUGGGAAAACCUGAAUUUUACAGAAUCCAAACCCAAUAUUACUCCCUCGGCCCCUUGAGCCUUUUAGAGUUAAUCCUCUAGCACAAGGAAGCCUAAGAGUAAGCAGCUUGGGCCAAGGAAAGCGGGGACCACUGUAGAGCUGGACAGGCACACCUCACCAAAUGCCGUUUCUGCCUGGGGCUUUGCAGUGCAGUGUUGCUGCCCCAACGUGGCACCUUAUCUUUGGAUAAGCACUAUGUUGUAUUUAUACCAAUUAAUUACUUGAAACAGUGAUAAUUCUUGUCAGUUUGCUGUCGAGCCUGUGAUAUAUUUUCCAAGUGGUUUUGUUUUUAAAUAAAGUUUCAUGGUCUCCAA